UCAGGAGGGCGGGGCUUCGCAGUUUCCUUGCUCACCUGCAGCCUGGACGCACAGACUUUUUCUGGACUCCUGCGAUACUUUCUGAGUGUUUGUAUAAAGGAAAUUGAGAAACUUGGACUGAGCGCAUGCAGUGCAUCUGCAGCUCCUUCUGAAAAGCUUGCAAUGGAAUGGAAUGAAAAUUCAGAAGUGUCUUGUGACUUGGCUUAUUCUGAAACACAAAGGUGGAUUGAGGAAGUCACUGGUCAAAACUUUGGGAACAAGAAUUUUCGCUCUGCCCUUGAAAAUGGGGUUCUGUUUUGCGACCUAAUUAACACGAUUAAACCUGGAAUCAUCAAAAAGAUCAAUCGCUUAUCCACACCCAUCGCUGGCCUGGAUAAUAUCAACAUCUUCCUGCGAGCCUGUGAGAAACUUGGACUAAAAGAAGCCCAACUUUUUCACCCUGGGGAUCUUCAGGAUUUAUCAUCUCGAGUCACAGUCCGGCAAGAAGAGACCGAUAGAAGAUUAAAAAAUGUUCUGAUCACUGUAUAUUGGCUUGGAAGGAAAGCACAAAGCGAUUCAUAUUAUAAUGGUCCUUACCUGAAUCUAAAGGCUUUUGAAGGGUUAUUGGGGCAAACUCUGAUUAAGGCACUAGAAGAAUCCAGCAGUUUGAAACGAAGCGGCAGAGAUAGUGGUUGUAGUGAUUUGUGGUAUAGAGACAGUGUUACUUCACCUGUUGUUCAUAAACGAGACGAUUCCUGGGACAGUUUGGACUCUUUGGGUUCAAAGUCUUAUACAAGUUUCUCAUCAGACACAACUAUUAAAGGGAGCAGUGAAGGAGGAGAAAGUGAGACAGAAUCUGAACUUACAGACAAAAUGCAGGACAGCAAAGAUGACAUGUCCUAUCGUAGGGUGUCAGCUGUGGAGCCUAAAGCGACUUCAAAUUUUAAUCAAUUUCUACCAAACAAAACCAAAAACUUCAAUUACAUGCCAGCGCCACUGAGAAAAAAGCGUAUUGAUAAAAAUGAGGACAACAGGAGGAGCUGGGCAAGCCCAGUUUUCACUGAGCCAGAUGGAACGUUUUCCAGACUUCGGGAACAGCUAUCCAUUAACUCAGGGAGCAAGUCACUGGAAGCGAUCACAGCAGAGGAGCUGAUUAGCAACCGUCAAGUUCGCUAUGAAGAAUUACAGAAGAUAAGAAGUCAGCUACAUGAGCAGGAUCAGCAGUGGCAGGAUGAUUUAACAAAAUGGAAGAGUCGUCGGAAAAGCUUCACGUCAGAUAUGCAAAAGAAGAAAACUGAGAGAGAAGAGUUGGAAAAAUUAGCAGUUGAAAGUACAGAACGAACAUACAAAACAUUCCGAGAGAUGCGGCAGGAGAGGGAAUCCCGAAAUCAAGAUAAUUAUUACAUGAACAAAGAAAGGCCAGAAGACAGGAAAAUGUACUCUUCCAAUGAUGAUGUUUUCGGUGAUGUACCAUCAAAGCGUAUGAUGGAAAGAAGUUAUACUGUUGCAGUGGAGGCCCCUUAUACCAUGAGUAAGGGCACUGCACAGGGUACAUCCAAUGUCCAGAAGAAGGGAAAUGAUAGUGGUGCAAUAUCUGAGCUGCUCCCAACUCAUUCUACAGUUGAAACAGAUGAUACUUACACUAUAAAGGCAAAUUCCAGUUACACUGAACAGGGUCCAGAAAAUUCUGAUUUGAAAACAUCCAAAUCACUGUUUGAAAGCAGUUACAUGGUGGAAUCUGGCGCACCUUACAACAAUAAGAAAGAAACCGUUUAUCCCAUUACAAGUUAUGAAAAGCAAGACAAUGGCCCACCUUUGAAAAACGGUAGCCUGUUAGGCGAGCAGCAUUCUUACAGCUCCUUUGUUACAGAAAGCAAACCCAUUCCAGGUUCAGCUUCUUUGCCAAGAAGUUACCAGAAAAAUGAUACUUCAAGAUUAUCUUCAGUAGUUACCCCCAGGCCAUUUGGAAUUCAGUCAAAAGGAAUCACAUCACUUCCACGAUCCUUAACAGUGGAUGAUGCUUCCAAGUACAAUGGAAAUCUUGGUUCUACAAAGAAUAGUUCAACAUUUAACUCCUACUUUAAAGUUGAAGAGAAACCCAACAGAACUCAACCAAGUAAAGAUGAUGAAAAGGAAAACACCAGAAGAAGUACUUCACCUAAACCAUUCCCUGCAGUCAGCGCUGCAGGGGAUGUCACAUCUUUUGCAAGAGGGGUAGAACAAACCAAAGUUCCAGGGCCGCUGGACCAGUACAGUGACCUGAGAAUCAGCAUUAACCAGAAACCUGGAAGCAGCCAUGACUUUGGGUUUAAAACAAGCUGGAACAGUGCUGGGGUCUUUGUAAAGUCUGUUGAUGUAGGGAGUCCAGCUGAAUUUUGUCAGCUGCAUGUAGAAGAUGAAAUUCUAUCUCUCAAUGGCACAAAGGUAUCAUCAAUGGACUACAACAAGUGGGUGGAAGCAAUAGAUCACGCUGUAGAAACUGGAAACCUAGCUAUGGAUGUUAGGCGAUAUGGCAAGAAUGCAUGGGGCAGAGACCCACCUUCCCUACCAUACAAAAGCCAUAAAACCCUCAAUCUGACCAGUAUGGAUCCAAAACUUAUAGGUUCUCCUGAAAAUAAAUGGAUUGAUGCAAGCAGAUCACAAAGCACCUCCCUGAAAAAAGACAUCCCUGACUCUGGUAAUGCAACAAGUCGGUUGAAUGGAAUACAGGACUCAGCACAAAAAGAAUCUGAAUCUAUUUCUUUGAAAAAUAAUAAAAGAAGGUCACAGUUUUUUGAGCAAGGAAGUUCGGAUUCUUCAUUACUUGAUAUGCCAGUUCCUUCAAUUAAUGUAUCAACACGUCGGUCUUGGGAUCCAGAAGAUGAAAGAAAACGUCAGGAAAAGUGGCUUAAGGAACAAGAACAAAUUCUGCAGGAAAAAUACAAACUUGAGCAAGAAAAACUGAGACAAGAGUGGGAACGUGCUCAAAAGGAAGCAGAAAAUGAGAGAUUUCAGCAAAUUCAGCAAGAACAGGCCCCCUCUAGCUUGCCCGUAAUAUCACAGUCAUCAUACUGGAAAACAUUUGGCUCUGAGGUAUCUGAUGAUGUGCAGAGCAGUGAAGAGGAAGACCGACAAAAAGAAAGAUCAUCAGAGGAACUAGAAAGUGAGAGACAAUGGAAAAGAGCAGAAGAAGAAAGAUUAAAAUAUUUGGAAGCUCAACAUCACCAAGAGGUAGAAGAACAAAGACGUCGUCAGUUGGAACAAGAAAAUCUGCGUCACCAGGCAGAAGAAGAAAACCGCCGUCGCCAGGCUGAGGAGAGUGAAAGAAAACGUCAGGAGGAGGAAAGAAAGAAAAAGGAAGAAGAGAUACGUUUUCACAGAGCUGUUGAAGAAGAAAGACGGCGUAAAAGAUUCCAAGAAGAAGAGGAGGAGCAAAGACAAAAGUCAGAGAAAGAUGCUAGGAAUAAUGUUGUUUUAAAAUCGGAUGAUUCUCAUACCCCCGGCAAUGGAAUACCUGGGAGGCCGCGGUAUGGCUUAGCCCAUUGGCUGAUUGAAGAUGAACAAAAAAGAAAAAACAUCAAGUUUUCUCAGAGCAGUGUGCCAUCAGAAUUGGAGGCCAAGAGAAAGCAAAUAUUUAAUCAGAUGAAAUACCCUGAGCUGCACAGAGGAGAUCACACUGAUUCUGGCCCUAGUGAGAGCACAGGAAGUAUGCAGCCUCGAACAUACAAGGAAAAAUCUCAAGUUUCAUCAGAAGUGGAGAGGCAGCGGAUCCUUCAGGAAAUGAAGAAAAAGGCAUCGCUCAAUAAUGACAAUAGCUGGAUUAGGCAGCGCAGUUCUAGUAUGACAAAGGAUACGUCAUCCCUUCCUAACUAUAUGAGAAGAGGGGAAUCGUUCGAUAACCUUGACUCCACCUCGGGUUUGCAAAGAGUGUCACCUUGGGCAAAUCAGUCCUCAUCUUAUAACUCAAUGUCAUCAAGUCAAGACUUCAGUCGACCUUCCCAGGUUGUUUCCACGUCUAAUCGUACCUUCUUGAGCAAUUCAUCCAAUAGUUUGCCACAGUCUUCUGCUGGUCCCCUUAAGAGUGCCUCUCUUUCCCAAACCCAAACAUCCAACCAGCAACGCAAUAAGUCAGUGAGUGGGAAGAAAUUGUGCUCUUACUGUAAUAACAGUCUGGGCAAAGGAGCUGCCAUGAUCAUCGAAUCUCUUGGUCUUUGUUUUCAUUUACAGUGUUUUAAGUGCACUGCAUGUGAGACCGACCUUGGAGGCUCUGAAUCUGGAGCUGAAGUCCGAAUCCGCAACAAUGAGCUGUACUGCAACAGCUGCUACAUCAGAUUUAAAAUGGGGCAGCCAACCUCCAUGUGAAGAAACUGUCAGCUCAGAAGCGCUUGAAGAAGUAGCAGAAGAGGAAGGAUUGGAUGAGGAUAUGAAUGUCUAGCAAAGUGCAAUUGCUCUUUAAACAUCUAUUGUUGUAGGUUUUAGCAAUCUUGAAUUUUUGUAUUGCCUCUUGCAUUCGACCUUUCCCUAUGAAAUAUUUAUAAAAAGGUAAUCAAAUCUAAGAUAUAUUUUCAGUGUUCUGAAUGCAGUAUGUAAAGAUAAAGUCUCUUUGUAUUUUCUAAAUAUUUUUUAAUCUUUCUGCUUUUCCACAUUUUUUUGUCAUAUGAAGAGAUUUAGUGGAAAAAUAAAACUAGUAUUUAAGAAACAAUGUUGCAAAACAAUUACAGAAUGUACUGUUGCCGUCUAUAGAACAAAGUGAAAUCAAAUGCACUCAUUCUUUAAGGUGUUUUUUUUUUUUUUACUUCCCUCCACACAUAUUUAUGUUCGCUAAGCAUUAUAUAAGUACCGUAUACCUGCUUCAGGGUGAAGGUUGUACACGCUCUUCACUUUACAGUAUUGAGUUCUCUUUGCAGAAAUCUACAACUGAAAGAUUUCUGCUGACUGCUGUCCCAAAAAAUGAUUACUGAAAAUAAAUGCUUCUUUUCCUAAAGGCACUCUGUAAGAAAAUAUUUACUGAUUUUCUGUUUUUUUAUGUAAAUAAAAAUUUAUUUUGACUGCA